AUGCCUUUUCCAGAGAAGCCCCUCAUGCAGAAAGCGCCCGCCUCUCCAGGCGGGCCCUCAGGGUGCGUCGCUCCAGGGGCACGCAAGAAUGAUGGAGAAGGAAACGAUGAAAAGUCCGGCUGCUACUGCAGCAGCAGCUGCGACGAUACCAACAACAGUAGCUGUAGUAGCAGUGGCGGCAACUCUGGCAAUAACAGCAGGUGUGACUGCAGCAACAGCAGCUGCGGCAGUGAGAGCUGCCGGGCAAGCCGCAGCAGCAGCACCAGGAACACGAGCAGGUCUGGCAGCAGACACAGAAGCAACCGUGACAGCAACAGCAACAACAAGGAGAACAGCACCCCUACUGUCGACAAGCCCGAUGUUGGGACACCGCAGCAACUAGAGACGCCUGCACCACAACAACGGGGGGGGGAUUCUCUCAGCUGCAACUCAGGGAUUACGGCAGCACCACCAGCAAGAGCAAGAGCAAAUUAUGCAUUCAGCAGCAGCUGCAUCAGCGGGAGCAGUGAAGGCGGUGGAUCGGAUGUAAGUGAAGGUCUAGGGUGGAAGCCCAACGAAACAAGCAGCAGCAGCAAGAGUAGCAGCAGCCAGAGUAGUAGCAGCAAGAGUGGCAGCAGCAACAGCAGCAGCAGCAACGGCAGCGAACUGUUCAGUGACUUCGACUGGAGGCCCCAGUCUCAGGAUGCUGCAGCAGAAUGUUCUGCUGGUGGGCCUUCCGAUACAGGGGCGUCUUGCUUCUCAAGCAGCAUCAGCGGCUGCAGCAGGAGCAGCAGCAGCAGUAGUAGCAGUACCAGUAGUUUUAGCAACGGUAGAAGCAAGCAUAAUGGCCACAGCAGCCGAGGCAAGGAGACAGUUCACCAGCGUGUGGGUAGCAGCAAUGACGGCAGCAACAGCAACGGCAGCAGCAGCAGCAAGUCCAGCAGUAGCAGUAGUAACAGCAGCAGCAGAAAUGACAGCACCAGCAAUGACAGCUGCAGCAGUAGUAGCAGUCGGAGCAGCAGUAGCAGCAGAAGCAGCAGCAGCAGCAGCAGCAGCAGGAGCAGUAGCAGUAGCAGCAGCAGCAGCUGCUGCAGUAGCGACAACAGCUACAACAAAGCAGAAGAGGGAGACAGCUUUCGUCCUCGAUUCUGCUCUCUGAAGCACCGCUGCAGCUGUUGCAAGGCGGCUCUCAAUGCAGAGUUGCUGCUGCGAAAUGCGACUGAGUUCUGGACUCGUCGCAGCAGCAGCAGCAGCAGCAGCAGCAUCGGGUUAUCUGACGCCAGGAGGCGCCCUUCGGCAGAACGAGCAACAGCGGCGACAGCACCACCUUUUGCAGCAGGAGUAGCUGAGGAAUCUGAAAGCCGUGCUCGGCUGCAGGUGGCCUUGCUGCUUCGACUCCGAGAUGAGUUUCUAGGACCAAAGGGGAAGCAAAUCAUUCAGUGUGCCUCAUCAAGCCGUCUGCUGCGGCUGCUACAGCCUUUGCUGUUGUCGGUCCACCCAGCUGUACGCGUUGCUGCGGUGCUGCUGUUGCGCCAUUUGCUCGUGUCCGACAGGCAGCUGCUGUUGCUGCGUCGGCUGUGCAUCCCACAGCUGCUCGCUGCAGGUCCACUGCUGCCACCGAAGCAGCAGCGCCCAGCAGCUGCAGCUGCAGCUGCAACGGCGCAACAGCAGCAGCAGCACGAAGAAAGGGAAUGGGCAGAUUUUGAGCGUGCAGUUGCACUGCAGCUGCUGCUUAGGUGGGGGAUGCUGCUGACGCGAGGGUGGGGAAGGGUGCCACCCCCGGCGUGUCUUGUUGCUGCAGCAACUAAUCUUGCUGCUGCUGCAGUUGAAGCUUCAGUAGCAACAGCAUCAGGGGGCAGUGUCGUGCAAGAGACGCGGAGCCCCCAAGAAGCAGCUACAGGUGUCGAGCUGCUGCUGCAGCAGGAGCAGCAGGCGUUGCUGCGGCUGCGGUUGUGGCAGGCAGGGCAGUCCCAGCUACAUUUCCAGCAGCAGCAGCAACCGCAGCACCAGCAUUUAUGGCCAAGCUCAAGGACCAUUUGCAGCGAUAAUUCCCAGGGUAGUGCUUUGUGGCAUCAGCUGCAGCAGCGGCAGCACGAUCAGCAGCACCUGCGGCAACAGUGGAUGGCUUGCUGCGUCUCUGUGCUGUUGCAGUUUGCUGCUGUAAUCCCUUCUGGUGCCUUGUUGCGCCGCGGAGCCUUCAGCGUCCUGCUGCAUGCAGCAGCAGAGGCGGGACUAUGUCGUUCUCACCCGAUGCUGGCCCCCCCUCUCUUUAAGUGUCUUUGCAGCUGUUCGGCCUCCGUAUACAGCAGCGCAGCAGCAGCAUCGGCAGCAAAAUGUGUCCCUGUCGACGCAACUGCACAAGCACAACCUGGGGAGGACACCAGGAGAUCCGUGCCUUCUUCUAGCAGCAUAAGGUGUGGGCAUAGCUGGAGCAACGGAAGCAGCAGCAGCAACGUAAAUUGGCCCCUGGCGGCAUUUGAGCUGAGUGUCCUUCCUCGCCUAAUGUGCUUCGAUGCAUCUGCUAGUCAGUGGGUCUCUUCAGGGGGGCCACGCGUUGCUCUCUCCCGCAUGUCGUCAGCAGCAGCAGGCAGGACCACCAGCAGCAGUAGCAGCAGUAGCAGCAGCAUCAAUAGCAACACCAGCCCUACGAUUGCAGCAAAUCCUGAGAGUUUCUUUCAGCAUCAUCAUCAGCACCAGCAACGGUUGCUGGGAGUGCCGUCGGAGGCACUGGGGCCGUACCUUUCUCUUGGGUCUCUGAUGCCUGCUUCUUCAAGCAGCUGCAGCAGCAGCAGUAGCAGCACCGCUACUGUUGCUAUUCCCGCCUCACGGGUUCCGACGACUGCGGAGCAGCAGCAGCAGCAGACAGCAGCACAUGCCCUGAUUGUACUACUGCAGCCAAUCUCGGGUUUGCUCCUGCUGUGUAGCAAGCCGCAGCCACUCCUGCAGCUUCUGCAGUUGCUGCUGCUUCCGGAGACCUCACAUGAACAUCGCUGCUUCCUCCUGAAGUUCGUACACUGCGUUCUCUCUCUGGCGCUUGGGUUUGGGGGACGCAGACUGGCUGCAGAUGACUGUAGGCACCUGCUGCAGAAGCUGGGUGGACAGCAGCAGCAGCAGGACAGCCAGGGACCCUUUUGCUGCGAUGGGGUGGAUGUGGCCCAUGCGCGGCUUCUGGUUCUCCUGUUGCUGCGGUGGAAUUUUCACGCCGUGCUUUUGUGGUUGCUGGAAACCAGCAGCUCAAGCAGCGGUGGAUAUUCUGCAGCAGAUGACUCCAGUGUCUCAGGGGGCUUGCUGUUGCGGGGCAACGACUCCUGCGCUACAAUAGGGACUCCGUGGACUCAAGGGGACCCUUUUCUUGCCUGGGGGUUGUCGCAGGCAGUCUCUAAGCAGGUAGCAAUGCCGCUGCAUUGCAGCUCUUCUGUAUCUCUGCUGCUGCAGCAGCAGCGGCAGCAUCCGUCCACGAGGGACCGUCCGCAACAGCUGCAGCCCCUGCUCGUGCAGCAGGAAGCAGCAGAGCUGCUAUUUGUGCUUCUGUUUGCUGCUGCAGCGCUGCUGCCUCUGCCGUACAUAAAAGAGGCCCACAAAACGAUGGAACAAUUCAGUGAUCGACCUGUUUCUGAGGUUGUGGCGGAAAGAGACGCAAGCGGGGCAGACACUAGAAGAAGGGUACAAGUAUUCUUUAGCGACUGUAGAGCAACGGCAGAGACACCCCACAGUCCUCUGCAACGAAAAGCCGGAGGCUGCACUCCAGCAGCAGACAACAACGUCAGUGGCGCUAGAAGCAGCAGUAGUGACAGCAGGGACGCCAGCAGCAGCAGAAGCAGCAGCGACCUUUGGUGCAAUGUGUCUCUCUUCAACGACGUGCUGACACUGGCUAGUGCGUUUGUCCCGGAAUCGUUCUUCAACAGUAGCAACAGCAGCCCAGAAGUAGCGGCGCAGAAGCAGGAAGAUCUGGUGGAGCUCUUCGGGGAUUCCCCCUUCAGGUGUAUGGACACCCCGUGCCCCUUGCUGUACCAGGCGUCCGGUGGCCUGGGAUCGUUUGCAACUGUUGCCGCAGCGGAAGAGCGGCUUCGGCACCUGAGCAUGCAAUUUCAGGUGUAUCGACACCUCCCAGAGAGCAUUAGCGAGCAUUGCUCUGUGCACCUUCGAUUCCGCCAUGGGGUCCCCGCCGUGCUUGAAGACAUAGGUGAACAGCUUGAAGCAACUGGUGUCCUUAAUGAGGCAAUAGAAUGCGACCAGUGGCAAUGGCCACAAGUUCUAGGACAGCUACUUCGUGGUCUGGGGGGGCCCAGUGUCCUGCUGCACUCGCUGCAGCAAGAACCUGUUGGGUCAUCCUUGACGGCACCUCAGCGCUUUCUUGAGCGGUGUGUAUCUUGUCUUUCGCCGUCUUCUUCGUGUCUUAUGUCCGUUCUGGGGAGUCCGCAGGGUCUGUACUUGCCUGCUGCCGCUCAUGCUCUUGCUGCGCUUCUGGUACUGCUGCUUCCGCAUGUACAGCAGCAUCCGGUGGCUGACUUGCAGCUUCGUUCUCCCCUCUCCGAUGCAGAAGCACCAUCGAAACCCUCAGCAGCAGCAGCGGCCGCCACAGCCACAGCUGCGGCAGCCUGUGGGUCAACGGCUGCAGCAGCAACCACAGGAACGGCAGCAACGACAACAGAGGCAGUUGACAGGGGUCAGAUGGAACUCUUUGGCAUUAGGAGGUUGCUGAAAGAGAUAGGCGAUUUGUUGUUGCAUAUUGCAUGCAUCAGCAGCAAAGACAGCAGCUACACAGCCAGCGAUCCCUGCAGGCUUGCUACGUGCGCAUCUUCUUUGGGUUGCUGCAGUACGGUAGCCCCCAGCCGCUGUUGCAGCAGCACGAACGCAGGGGCGUGUAGCAGGAGCUGCAGUCUCGCCAGUAGCACUGUCUGCAGCAAAGACCGCAGCAGCAGCUUCUCCACAGUCGGAGCUGCUGAAGAGACAGGGGCUGGGUUGGCUCAACUUCAGUGCAAGAGCCAGUACCAGCAGCAGCAAGCAGGAAUGCAACAGCGUUCCCUCUUUGCGGUGUAUGGACAGCUGCUGGGGGUCCUCAGCCGUCGCGCAGCUGGAGUGCAGCUGCUUCAGCAGGAAGGGUUGCUGCCCUUGUUGCUGCUGCUUGCAGGGGCGAAGUCGUCCGCUUGUGCUGCAGCACUUGCUGCUAUAGUCCCUCUUCUGUCGUUACAGUUCGCUGCGACGCGAGAAGUUGCUGCUGAGGCACUUCACCAGGGGCCUCCUGACCUGCAGCUCGCUAUCUUGGCACACUGGAGCUGUCAGUGUUGCUGCUGUGGAAACAUGCAGAAGCAGCAGCAGCCGCAGCAGGUUCCGGAGAAGCAGGAGCAGCCGGCUCAGGCUCAGACGGCCGAGUGGGUCUGGCAGCUGCAGUUGCUGGUUCAGCUGCAACAAAAAGACAGCCUCGAAGGGUUUUUGCCUAUUGGAGUAUCUCAGCAGGUGCAGCUGCUACUUCAGCAGUUGCUACAACGUCAUGGAGCAGCAGCAGCAGAGUGCAUCUUGCAGCAGUUGGAUAAGGAGGGCCCAGGGGCCCUAAGUAGAGCUCCAGGGCCCCUAAAGCUACAGCUUCUGCGCUGCAGUGAAGGGCUUCGGGUGCUGGCUGUAGACGGCUGGCUCCAACGGCAGCUGAAGUGGCAGUCUGUGCUUCUGUGGGGAGACACAACAGCUGUAGCAGAAUCUGCAGGAGCAGCGGCAGGAGCAUCAGGUGCAGGCCAGGUUGAGCAGCAGCGAGUUCAGCAGCAGCCAAUCCUGGCGCAGCAGGUGUUUGGAGGAGGCUUGGCGAGGAUGUAUUAUAGUAUUGCUGAUGAGGUACAACUUUUGCACUGGGUCAAUAAGGACGCGUUGAAGAACAGUCGCGUCUGGCCGACGGAAUCUGCAGGAUUAGCAGAAUCCCUUUGGUCAGCAGCAGGGUAUCCUCAUACCGCGGCUGCAGCAGCAACGGUAGCUGCAGCAGCAAAGAGACCAGCUGCUGCUUUAGUCCUGUGCAGUCCCUAUGACUGGAGGGGCGCCCGGUCAGCAGCAGCAGCAGCAACAACAGCAACAACAGCAGCGCAGCUGCCUUGGCUUUCUCCAAACGUUGACGGUAGCAGCCCGUCGAUAACGCAGUGUACAAAUAGCUCCAGCAGCAGCAGUGGCAGCAGUUGCUGCUGCUGCGCCUGCAGAGAGUGGAGCUGGUUGGCAUCGGUGCCAUGGGAGAUUUUGCUGCAGGUGGUGGACUUCGGGGCACCGCAACAACAGCAGCAACAGCGUCCCAUGUCUGCUCCGCACAAUCUGAAGCACCAGCUUGUGCUGCAGCAUGAAGAUAAGGGUGGCCCCAUUGUGCUGCAAGAGGUGUCUCUGUCUGCUGUACCCUCUCGCUCAGUCGGAGGCUGGGUCUCAGAGACGUUCUACACCCACCAUCGCCAGCAGCAUCAGAGGCAGAAGCAGCAAGAAGGCGGAAUAUAUGGUCCUGCAGGGGUUCCGAAGUGCGCGCAUCGUUCGUCUACAGAGGCUGUUGAGGCAGCCGCAACAACGUCAGCAGCAGCAGCGGCAGCAGCGGCCCUAGCCAGCAACAGCUGUGCCUUGAGUGCUGUUCCGGGUCUCCCCCCUGCUCUUUGUAGUGUUAUAGAUGGGGGGCCCCUUGCCACGCAUUGGAUGCUAUCUUCUGUUUGCAACCUGCCUUUGUUUCGGCGGCCUCCAGAGCCGGCAGCAGGUCCAGACGACACAGCUCCUGCUGCUGCAGGCCCGAUUGACCACGCAGCAACAUCCGCAUCAGCAGCGGAAGAACAGACGGAAAGGCCGGAUGUACUCUCUGGAGUUUUUGAGAAUCUGAAGGCCAUAGGUCGCCUCUCUUCUCAAGUUGAAUGGGGGCCCCUCUUUAACAGUAGCAGGCAGAGUGACGUUGGCCUUAGAGCAGUUGUGCGUGUUAGGGGGCUUUCCGCCGGGCCCCAGGGUCAUUUGGUGGGACCAGCGUUUAAGGCAGCAUUUGCUACUGUCAGGUGGUCUGCAGAUGGUGAUGAUUUGCUGCAGCAGCUCCUGCGGCAGCAAGAGAAGAAACUAUUCCGCCGCUGCUACCUGCGCGGCGCAGGGGGACCCCUCAUGCGCUCGAAGGAGCAGAAGGGGGUAUCUUCGGCUCCCCAGCGGCAGGCAACGAAGCAGGCGGACAACGGGGGCCCUCCAACGCAUGCAUACAGCUACACAGGCGAUGCAGAAGAAGUGUGUCUUCCAGUGUAUUUGCAACGGGGGCCGUACCGCUGGACCCUCUGUUGCCACCUCAUGCCACCGCAACAGCAGCAGCAGCAGAGAAGGACCCCUACGCGAGUCCCUCUUUCGUUUGUUCACUUAGUUGCUGUAGGGGCAGAUAUCCGCCUUAUCCAGGAGACCCCAAAGCCAGUGGGCCCCCCCGCCUCCGUCGCAACGGCCUUGGCACGCACCAAAGAAGUAAGCUGCGGAUCGCUGGAGGCCCUCAGGCAGCUAGACCCGCCUUCCUCAUUCCUGGUGCAGCAGAAACAGAAACAGGUCCUCCUGAUGCCGCAGCUACAGCAGCACGCAGAGAAGUAUCAGAGGCUCCCGUGGCUUUUGCAGCAAGUCUGGAGAGUUGCUGCUGCUGCUGCAGAUCCUGCUGUCCGUACAGCUGGUGCAGCAGCUCUUGCUGCUCUUCCCGCCAAGUCCGAAGCAGCAGAGGCCUUUCUUCUCUCGGGUUGGGGGCCCCUUCAGCCAGACCUUGAGCUGCCCUUACUGCGCUUUGGAAUGCACGACAGCGAGGGUACCGAAGGAGGUGCUGAUAAUAGACCUGGAAGAAGCAGAAGUAGCAGCGAAAUGGAUUCUCGCAGCCUUGUCGGGAAUGCCGGAGAUGCAGCGCUUUCGCGAGAGCUCUCUCGUGAGAAGUACGUUUCCUUUGUGUUCUGCGUGAUUUGGGGCCCUCCGCUGCACAUCGUCGACGCUGAAGGGUACGGGGGUGCCCCGAAAUGCAGGCAGGCCCCUGAGGCAGCCGCUGUCGACAUUGCCCCUUCGCUUGAAAGACCCACUGCUGCAGUGCAGGGAAUAUGUGGGGCCGCAUGCAGCCCCACAGAGUGGGACCAAUGGUCCUGUGUGUCUCUCUCGCGCAGCAGCGGUGCAGAAAGUAGCAGCUCAUGCUGCUCGCAAGAGACGGACGGGGAGGCAUUGCAUGCAGCUACCCAACCCCAGGCAGCAACACCAGCAGCAACAGCACCAGCAACGGUUGCAGCAGCAGAAACAAUAAAGCAACCGCAGAAAAGAGGGGCGCGGCGUGCAGGUGUUCAGGUGGUGCAUCAGUCUCUGUUUGACGAUGGAGACGACAAAUCGGAAGCGGAGCGGCAGCAGCAGCAGCAGCAAUUGGAACGACGGAGAGCGUUAUCCCUUCCAAGUGCCCUGAAGGCAAGCCCUGUUGGCUUAUCAGGAGGGCUCCCAAGGAGGAAUAGUCCUUCUACGUCCUUUGACUACAAGUCUUUUGGCCCCCAGCACUUAACGCUGCUGCAGCAGCUGGCAGUAUUACGGAACACCGUUGCUGUUAAAAAUGAGGGUACAGUUGCUGCUCUGAGGAAGAUGCGCAAGGAGAUGCCUGCACUCUUCCUGUCAGUCGAACUGUGGUACCGAGCGCAGCUGCUAAACGACUCCCUCCCUGCGUCUUCCGAUAUUUUGCACUUUUGCCGCUUCCUCUUCUCGGAUACGCUGAAGUCCUCAGAAGCCAUCUCAUAUGUUGAAAAGGUUGCAGCGGCGGCAGCAGCCCGGAGGCGUCGCUACAUGCAACAGCAACAGCUGCAGCAAGAACAGCAAGAGCGGCGGCGCGAGCAACAGCAGGAGCAUCAGGAUAGCGAUAGUGGCAGCAGUAAGAGCAGCAGCAGCAGCGGAAGCAGCACGAACAGCAGCAGCAGCAGCGGCAAGAACAGCAGCAGCAGAAGGAACAGCAGCAGCAGUGAAGGUAAGAAGUUGCCUGCACUGGAAUCGUGA